AUGCUACUCAGAAACAUAUUAUUAUCAGCCAUAAUAGCUGCAAAAGCAGUAUUAGCUGAUGAUAUGAUCCAAUGUAACGCUACAUCAACAUGUCCAGAAGAUAAGCCUUGUUGUUCUCAAUAUGGUUACUGUGGUACAGGUAAAAACUGUCUAGGUGGUUGUCAUCCAAGUCAUUCUUUCAAAAGAGAAGUUUGUGCACCAAUGCCAAUUUGUACAAAUUUCACUACUGAUUUCACUGAUAGUGAUAAACAACUUAAAAAUGUUGAAGAUUAUUUAGGUGAUCCAGAUGAUACCGAUUGGGUUUAUACCGGUUAUGUUGCUGAUUAUGAUGAUGCCGUUUUAUUAGCAAUGCCUGAAAAUUCUGGUGGUACUGUUUUAUCAUCAACAAGAUUUGUUUGGUAUGGUAAUAUUAAGGCAAGAUUAAAAACUUCAAGAGAUAGAGGUGUUGUUUCUGCUUUUAUUACUUUUUCAAAUAUUCAAGAUGAAAUUGAUUUCGAAUUUGUUGGUUAUGAAUUAGAAGAAGCAGAAACAAAUUAUUAUUAUCAAGCUAUUUUAAAUUAUAAAAAUGGUGAAAAUUCAACAUUAUCAAAUACUUUUGAAAAUUAUCAUGAUUAUGAAAUUGAUUGGACUCCUGAACAAAUUACUUGGUCAAUUGAUGGGAAAGAAGUUAGAACUUUGAAAAAAGAAGAUACUUAUAAUGAAACAUCAAAAACUUAUUAUUAUCCACAAACACCUUCAAGAGUUCAAGUUUCUUUAUGGCCUGCUGGUCAAAAUACCAAUGGUGUUGGUACCAUUGAAUGGGCUGGUGGUUUAGUUAAUUGGGAUUCUGAAGAUGUUAAAGAACAUGGUUAUUAUUACAUGGUGUUACAAUCAAUGGAAAUUACUUGUUAUGAUCCACCAAGUGGUACUUUAGUUGAUGGUGAUGUUUCUUACGUCUAUAAUGAUUCAAAAAAAUUCGAUCAAGAAUAUGUUAUGAUUACAAAUAAUGGUACAAUUAUUGAUUCUCAAGAUGAUACAGGGGAAGAUGCUAAGAAAUCUCAAUCAUCAAGUUCUUCAUCAUCUUCAUCAUCAAAAUCAGAUUCAAGCUCAUCAUCAAAAUCAUCAUCUUCAGGAAAAUCUUCCAAAACUUCAUCAGGUGAAGCUACUAAAACUUCUGGUUCAAAUGAUUCAACAAGCACUUCAGGAUCCGAUUCAAAUGGCGAUUCAAAUGAUUCUGGAGCUUCAUCAUCAGCACCAGGUGGUUUCAUCCAAUAUUCUCAAACAUCUUCAACUAAAGGAAGUGAAGCUACUCAAUCUGGAAAUUCUGGUAAUUCAUUACAACAAACUUCAUUAGUUUCCUUAUUAUUUGGAUCUUUAAUGUUGUUUAUAUAA